AUGGGCGGAUGUGUAAGUCAUAAUCGCAGUCAUCGUCGAGGACGAUCACGUUCAUCUCGUACUAAUGCAACAACUAGUGGAACUGUUGGUCGAAAUAAACCAUUAAAUCGUUCAGCUUGCCGUCCAAAGUGGAAAUCAGAUGUUCCAAUUACAGAAACUCAAUUACGUCGUAAACGUGAAGAAUAUUGGGAUACAGCACCCGCUUUCGAAGGUCGUAAAGAAAUUUGGGAUGCUUUACGUGGUGCAUGUUAUGCCAUUGAACAAAAUGAUAUCGAUCUUGCACAAUCAAUUAUUAAUUGUGCUAGUAUAUCCCUUCCUCAUGGAACACUUCUUGAUUGUUAUGAUGAACUUGGUACUCGUUAUCAAUUACCUGUUUAUAUUUUAUCAUCACCAACAAAUCUAAUUGAUGGUGAACAAUCAUCAAUUGAUUCUCGUGGUGAUAAUGAAUCAAAUACAAGUGAUAUUGGUCUUGCAUUAACAGCAGCUACUGAUCGUGAACGUGAUUAUGGCGGUAAUCAAAGUUCAUCAUCGUCAUCAUCAUCAUCAACAACAACAAAUGCUCAUUAUCGUUCAACAACAAAAUCUUCAACAACACAUCAUACUGGUCAUAAUCCAAUAGUACGUGAAAUAAAAAAACAUCGUCGAAAACAAAAAUCAAAUACAAUAAAUAUUGAGUCGGGUAAUGAUUCAUCAUCAACAAAUACAACAACACCACCGUCAAUAAUUAAUCAACAACAAAUAAACAUUGAUCAAGAUAUUGAAAUUCCAAUUAAAUUUCGUUUAUCAAAUGGUAAAGAACACCGAUUAUAUUGUAAACAAAAUGAAAAAAUACGUAACAUUAAAAGACGUUUGGCUAUGCUAGAAAAUGGAGUUAUUGAUUCUCAAACACAACGAUUAUAUUUUGGUGGAAAAUUAUUACGAGAUCGUUCAGUUAUUUGGGAAGCUCGUUUACAACGUAAUUUUGUUGUUCAAGUUAUUUUAACAGACAAACCCAUACCACCUAACGGUGCCAUAACAACAACUAGUCAUUUAACAAUGGCUAAUGGUGAUAGAGAUCAUUCAAAUGCAAUACCAGUUGAAUUAACAAAUACUUCUUGA